AUGAGCGACGAUGAAAAAAUCUUUCCUUACAAGGCCAACUCGGGCGCCGCCAUCUUCUUCGUUGUCGCCUUUGCGGUAACGGGCCUGGUGCACAUAUACCAAGCCUACAAGACUCGUGCCCUCUUCAUGCUUGUCCUCAUCAUUGCAACGGCCUUGCAAGUCCUUGGCUAUAUCACGAGGAAGCUUGCUAUCGACAAUGAUCCACAGCUCUGGUCGUAUGUUGUCUCACAAACCUGCAUCGUGGUCUCGCCCGCUUUCCUUGCCGCCCAAGACUAUAUGAUCAUCGGGAGAAUGAUGUCCUUUGUCGGCCCAGAUUCAACAUUCAUAUCGCACACUGUCAUCACCAAACUCUUCGUCUUUAUCGACAUUGCCUGUGUCAUCACCCAAGCCAGUGGUGUCACUAUGAUUUCCGGAGACAAUGUCAGCAGGAGCGCCAUCAGAGCCGGACGAGCUGUCCUCAUUGGAGGCUUGCUCGCUCAAGUAGCAGCCUUUCUCUUCUUCACCAUCGUUGCUGUCAUGUUUGAUCUCAAGAGCCAGCGACUGAAGAUUGAUCACCACGAGUUGCGCAAGCUCCGACCCCUCUUCACGGCCUUUUACAUCUCCGCCGCUCUCAUCAUCGAAUUCGCCACAAUCAACUUCGACUCGACGACGCAAGGGUACCUGUAUAAUACAGAGUGGCCCUUCUAUGUCCUUGACGCAGUACCCGUCUUGAUUGCUACCGUUCUCUUCAACAUCGUCUACCCAGCCUCAUACCUUCCUCGAAAGAAGGGGCUUCGCAUUGAUGGCAGCAUGGAACUACAGCGCAAGCAUUGGUGGUCGCGCGAAGUAAAAGUUGCUCCUUCAGAGGAGGCUAUGGUUCGCCAGACAUAG